UCGAUCCCAGACACCAGGAGGCUCAAGACAAAGAGCUGCUUACAGGGGAGCACAUCAAGCUCCAAACCCGAAUGCAGCACCAGUCGCCCAGUACCCAGUAGCUGACUGGGGCUGGGAGGGGGAGCAAUACUGACGGAGCCCGGAGAGACCGAACAGCAUGGGCACGGCAGAACCCAUGCUGUCAAUGACCGUGGAAGGCACUGAGUUGCCCUUCCUGGUGGAUACUGGAGCAACAUACUCCACACUGAGAGACACACCAGACAGUGCGACACUCUCCUGUCACACAGUUAAUGUGGUGGGCUUUUCCGGGAUUCCGAUGACUCUGCCAUUGACGGAUCCGGCAUUGACAAAGCUGGGAGAACAGACUUUGAAACACCAAUAUGUGGUGUCCUCACAGGUGCCUGCAAAUCUCAUGGGCAGGGACCUGCUUGUGAAGCUGGGAGCCACGAUCAUGUGCUCACCAGACGGACUGACGGUUACUUUGCCUGGAGGAAAAGAAUUUCCGUGUCUGGGAUCACCUUCAAAGACUCAAUAUCUAGUCCAGAACUCUGAACAACCCACUGCCGAAAUCUACUGGGGGAGGCUAGUGGAAGAAGGCAUUCUGAGACAUUAUCAGCUGUGGAAACCCUGGAUAAUGAGCCUGGCCGUCUAUACCCCGCCGCGAGAUCCGUUUCACGUUACCCUCUUUUAUGAUAGGGAAGAUAACGAUAUCUAUUGGGAACGGUUCCAGUCUGAUCUUGAGGGACAGACGUGGAAAGUGCGAACACAUAACAUUUAUGUUGGACCAGAAGGUGUGGCCGCGGCUGUGAAAUUUACUGAUGAACAACUGCCCUGGUACAAUGUGGGAGAGGACUCAGCCCCCCACAUUACAUUGGCGGUCCACGAGGGUCAUGGGCCAAGAGAUCUGGGACCAAUGGUCAAGCGGGCGCUAGACAACGCCAGCUGGCAAAGCACCCAAAUUCCAAAUGUCUGGUAUGCACCAAAAUGUAAAAUAUAUCGCAUAACUUGUCUGUCCAGCGAUGCAGUGAUUUUAGAACAAAAAGAAAUCUCCAGAAUGCAUGGCAGGGAAAGAAUGGAUCAUCCUGAUGCAGUAGCUGAGCUCUCAAAAUUGCCUGAUACUUUGUGGUCCACAGGGCCCACAGACGUAGGUUUAGCUAAUUGUUCGCCGGUCCUGUUCCAGCUGAAGUCUGACACACCAAUUAGUAAACCACAGUAUAGGCACAAAACUGAAGCAGAGGAAGGUAUAGCUGAAACCAUUGAAGGGCUGUGGGAGGCAGGAGUGCUUGAGCCCUCAUGGUCUUCUUGGAACACACCUAUUCUGCCAGUGGAAAAACAUGGGACAGGAAAGUACCGCAUAGCACAUGAUUUGAGGGCAAUAAAUGCCAUACUGAGGACUGACACGGUGCCUGUACCAAAUCCCUACACAGCUCUGACCGCAAUUACUGGGGACCAAAAGUGGUUCACAUGUAUUGACCUAGCGAACGCAUUCUUUUGUCUUCCACUGCACGAGUCGCUCAGAGACAUUUUCUCAUUCACAUACAGAGGCCGGAAAUUCAGGUACACACGCCUACCACAAGGCUUUGCACUCUCACCAGGCAUUUUCAAUCAGGUGUUAAAGGAGGCAUUGUCCCCGUGUCAACUGCCAGAGGGCUGUACAUUGAUACAGUAUGUUGAUGAUCUUCUUAUUGCAGCCCCGUCAGCAGCGGCCUGUACGGCAGCAUCACUCGUGGUGUUGAACAGGCUGGCGGAGUGUGGCUUCAAAGUAAGUAAGGCAAAACUGCAGUUGGUCCGACCAGAGGUGACAUUUCUGGGCCGGGUGAUCGCACACAGAUCAGUGGGGUUAAUGAACACACACAGGGACCAGAUUCUGACACAUCCAAAACCAAGAACCGUGAAGGAGUUGCUUUCCUUUCUUGGCUUGACAGGUUACAGCAGGCAGUUCAUUCCGAACUAUGCUGGCAAGACUGCCCCUUUAAGGGACCUGAUCAAGAAACUAGGCGUUCGAAAUCUGAAGGCGGAAUUGCCUUGGACGCCGGACACAGAGGCAGCGUUCAUUUCGCUGAAACAGGAGUUGUCAAGAGCUACAGAUCUAGCCACACCUAACUACGACGAGGCAUUUUAUCUUGAUGUUUCGGAAACAAAUGGGGUGGUAAAUGGUGUGUUGUUUCAGAAAAAAGGGGGAGGUAGGGAUGUGCUUAUGUAUGUCAGCAUAAGAUUAAACUCAACAGAAGCAAGGCAUCCCACAUGCACACAACACGCAGCAGGAGUAGCAAAAAUAAUUCAGAAAACAGCACACAUAGUGAGGGAACACCCACUGAAAGUGCUUACCACACACAGUGUAGUGGCGUAUGUGAACUCACAGGCAUUUACAAUGACCCCACUGACGCAACAGAGGUUGAGCAAAAUUUUAGAUGCGCCAAAUCUGACAUUCACACAUAAAGGCAUCAAUAUGGCAGAUUUAAUGGGGUCAGGAGAAUCACAUGACUGUGUUAAGAAAGCUCAAGUUGAAGCAAAAAUCAGGGAAGACCUGAAGGCAGAGCCCAUACAUGGAGCUGAGGACUGGUUCACAGAUGGAUGCUGCCACAGAGAUGAAGGAGGAUUGAAAGCAGGCUAUGCUGUAGUCUGUAGAGUAGGAACUGAGUUUCAGGUGAAAGAAGCAGGAAAAAUUGAGGGACAACAGUCGGCCCAGAGAGCUGAAGUGAUAGCCCUAACUCGAGGCCUGAGGUUGGCUAAAAACAUAAGAGUGAACAUCUACACUGACUCAGCAUACGCGUUUGGGGCAGCUCAUGUGGAACUGGCUCAGUGGAAGAGAGCCGGGUUCAGAACGGCUACCAAUGCACCCAUCCGUCACAAAAAGGAGAUGGAGGAACUGGAAAAGGCCCUGGAGGACCCAGACGAGGUAAGUAUCAUAAAAUGCAAAGGCCACUCACAAGCAGACAGUAUGGUGGCAAAAGGAAAUCAGAAAGCUGAUGAAGCCGCAAAGGAAGCAGCAGGUUACAAAGGACAGAGACAAAUGGUGCAGGUGACCCCGGAAGAGGAGGGGAGUACUAACAGCAUGGAGGAAGUUAGACAGGCUCAGGAGGAGACAUCCCCGGAGGAAAAGGGGGUGUGGGAGAACAAAGGAGCCUGGCAAGAUGGUGGUUUGUGGAGGGGGCCAGAUGGGCGUCCCGCUUUAACGGCCAAAAUGGCGGAACAGAAGGUGAAUGAGGCUCACGGGCUUGGUCACGUGGGAGUGAAACAGAUGGAGAGAAAUUUGUGCCGAUGGUGGCAUCCUGAUUUGAGAAGGUUGAUACUGGAAAAGGCCAGAACGUGCCUAAUCUGUGGGGCACACAACCCAAAGCCAGCAGUAAAACCUGAAGCCGGUAAGUUUCUCAUGCCAGAGAGGCCAGGAGAAGAGGUCGUGAUUGAUUACACUGACAUGAUUGAUACAGGCCCAGGUGGUGUGAGGUAUUUGUUGGUGUGUGUGGAUGUUCUGACUGGAUGGCCCGAAGCAUGGGCAACCAAACGGGAAGACGCGAAAAGUGUGAUCAAGUGCUUAAUUAAUCAUUACAUUCCAAGGCAUGGGUUUCCCAGGAGAAUUAGAUCAGACAAUGGCACUCAUUUCAAGAACAAAGAUUUGCAAGAGGUAGAGAGGAUGUUGGGAGUGCAACAUAAGUUCGGGACGGUCUAUCAUCCUCAAUCUCAGGGAAAGGUAGAGAGGAUGAACCUAAAUUUGAAAAACAAGUUGGCUAAAAUCUGUGCGCAAACAGGGCUAAAUUGGGCCGCAGCCCUGCCCAUUGCCUUGAUGACCAUAAGAUGUUCUGUUAACCAAUCCACAGGUUUCACCCCUUACGAGCUGCUGACUGGGAGACAGUUUCCAGCACCCUGGACAGUGGUCCCAGUGGAGCAGCCCAGGACAAGCAACAGGUCACAUGCAGAAUAUUUUAAUGAGUUGAAAGCUCUUGUGUCCAGCUUUACAAAACAGGUCACUUGUGAGAGACCCACGGGGAACGGAGAGGUCCCGGACGCAAAGGCGGUGUGGCUAAAGGUCAUCAAGCGAAAGUGGAAGGAGCCCCGCUGGACUGGUCCGUAUGAGGUGACCGCCCGGACGGCCUCAGCAGUCCAGCUGAAAGGGAAAGGCGACACCUGGUACCACUGGUCGCAGUGUGCACCCGCACACGAGAGCGUGGUGGAGGAGAACUCAUCUUCAAAGGACACAGGUGUCAACAAACAGAGGCAGAAUAAACCCUCUCACUUGUGCAACGAGCCGACCAAUAGUCCACCUGGAAGGCCGAAGAAAGAAGAGCAGCCUAGGAGGAAAUCGCCUCGUCUACAGAAAGGAGUGGUAACAAACUGA